AUGCGUCGACAUAGAACUCAGUACUUCAGCUUAUUGUCUAAUCUCAGUACAAUUAGCAACGCGCAAGUGAAGGUGAAGGAUACGACAGAUCACCACCAAGGGAUCACAACUGUUCAAGGAAUUAACAUAGCCCGCUAUAAGCCGAGAAAGACCGCAUACUAUAAGAACAUGCUACUGACUGGCAACAAAUAUAUAUCCGAAAAUGUAGAGAAAAAGCUAGAUAGUGAAGCUAGCGAUGAUUCGGCCGUUGGCUCCACCUUGGACAAGCACCCUCAGGUUCCCAAACGCUUGAGGGAACCAGAUUCUAUGGAGCAGACUGUCAGGAAUAAGGUACUUAAGCCUUCAGGCCGUGAAAAAGUCACUUCUCCUCAAAGGUCAGCAUUGUUUGUUGCCGGUACACCAUAUAUCGUCGGCACAGACGGCAUACCCACACUGCCUAGCAACUGGCGCAGGUUCCUCUUCAAACCUUUCAGACGUUUCGCGUUCGAUGCCUAUAAGGCGUGGCUGAGAGUAGCUCUCAUGCCUGGCGUCCAACCGAACACGACGGCCUACGCUUUAGCUGGUUUCUUUACCCUUGCGUGCAAAACUCAACUUGAUCAGCAGCUUGUGGAUAAGAUAGACGAAAACGUGGAAGAGUUGGUGUUGGAUGUGCAGUUUGAAGCCAUCGAGAGCUUGACAGAGCAGGUCGAAGGGUUGAAGGGGAAACUGAAUAGGGGAUGCCGAAUGACUUCAAGCAUCGCAUCAUGGAAUCAUGGAAUUUGGUGGAGUAUAAGCAGGACGAUGUAG